AUGGCGCAGCCCACGGUACCAAAGUACAUGGCAGAUGCCCCUAUGAGGGCAUAUCUCGCUGAAGUGACAGGCGAUGUGUACGAGGAGAGGAUUGACCAGACCUGGCUCAAUAUCCUCAGAUACUACUUCCCUCGAAAAGACUUCGGCUUAGAGAGAGAAUCAUAUCCCGAUGACCCCAAGGUCUCCAAGAAGAAGCUGAAUGUCUGUGUGACAAACGUCAGACAGGGGAGGUUGCAGAAAGUCUUCUUCAUUGAGUCUAAGCGCUUCCCUCACAAGGCUGAAAACAACGCUGACUGGGCUCAAAGCUAUCGCUGGAGUGUUCACACAGGACAACUCGAGGACUAUAUACUUAGGGCUCGGAGAUCUUCUGGCUACAGGCAGACUGUUUAUGGGCUGCUAGCUAUUGGAGACCAUGCGAGGUUUUACCAGAUGCGUAUGACGGGCGGCUCGGAGAAGUUGACACCAUACACUGAUGGUGGACUAGGCGGGCAACCGCUCACAACACCUCUGAAUAUUAAUACUGAUGGCCCGGAGAUCGAGAGGAUCUUGGACGCCAUCAGUGCCACGAUCAGAGAUGGAGACAACGACUUUUAAGCGAUGGCGAAUGGAGUUGACACUUGGACAUCAGCAAGAUUAAGGCAUUGUCAUUUUGGUACCUAGCCUAGGGUCUUGUAUUAAUAGCAAGACUAAGGAACCGGUUUAGGAAACCCCUAAACCCAACCUAAGGGCUUGAAG